GAGACACAAUAAUUCUGAAACCGGGGCUGAAGGCGGAGCGGGGGCGUCUGGCGGGAGGCAGCGGCAAAGCGAGGCAUGAAAGCCGGUUCCACAAGAUGGGUUCGUUCAGAAGGCCCCGGCCUCGCUUCAUGAGCUCCCCAGUCCUCAGUGACCUGCCGCGGUUCCAAGCGGCCCGGCAGGCUCUACAGCUCAGUUCCAACUCUGCCUGGAACAGUGUUCAAACGGCAGUGAUAAAUGUGUUCAAAGGGGGAGGCUUGCAGAACAAUGAACUUUACACCCUCAACGAAAAUAUCAGACGGCUGCUGAAGAGUGAACUUGGAUCCUUCAUCACAGAUUACUUCCAGAUGAUGAUGGAGGUACUGGACAUUUUUGACGGGGGCCAUAUAGCUUUGGGAUUGAUCAUAUUGAUGGGA